CUCGGCUUUUCCUCGUAGCAAGUCUAUUGUAUAAAUGGUGGCUUCUCUAUUUCCCCUACUGGUCUGAGGGCUAAUCAAGGACAGGUAUUUUAUCCUAGACGCACCCUUACCUUAGGUGCUCAUCACAACAGCUGGGGUCUAGAGGUGUCCCAUUAGUUCGGACGAAAGAUCCCCAUACGCACAAAUACUAGGAUAGGAGAAGAGUGAUUGAGCUCCAAGCCUUCAGAGAGAAUGCUGGGGACAGUGCCAAGCUGGGGAAAGAGGGCUCCGCGUCCCGUUCGUGCCCAGAAUUUCCCCCCACCUCUUCUCCACCCGGCUUGCUCCAGCCCUACACGCAGGCAGGACGGGAACGGACAUGGCCCCGCCGGGCUGGGCCGAGCGAGCCCGAACCUGCCCGGCCCGAGCGGCGCAGCCCAGGGGACCCCACACUUUCCCGCCCAGAAAUCCCGGCGGUCAAAGAAACGGGGGAACGUGCCCCAAACUGUCUCCUCCAGGAGGCAAUCCUGGGCCACCCUCUCUGAAGAACUACCAUCACCCCUUCCUUCUCUAACCCUUCCGGUUUCUUUUCAGAGCAGUACGUACCGCAGAAGUAACACUGAACAGUGAUUUCACUCACUCAACAAAGAUUUCUUGACCACCUACUACGCGUGCUGGGUGCUGUGCCAGGCGCUGGCAAUACAGCAGUGAACCAGCAAAACUCCCUGCCCUCGUGGGACUUCGAUUCUAUGGGACACGAGCAGAGGGAUGGGGUAAUCUCGCCUGGGACACGUGGGUGGCCGACACCCAGGUGCCCUCCCAGAUCGGCGCACGGCGCCCGCCAGCCGGGUCCCGCACCCGCUGGUUAGAAGACCCGCACGUGGAGUUCGUUCCCUUCUCCCGCACGAGACUGGGCGGGGGACACAGACCCACCAGCCAGCACAGGCCCACAAAGCUGCACGCGGAUCCACGAGUGAGCAAACACACAGCGCUGAGCAGAUUUGUCGGUGCGCGCUUUGCUCCCCUCUCCUCCCCUCCCCCCUGCCCUCCCCUCCUCCACCUCCCCAGCCCCCAGGCCCAGGGCAGCCGCGCGCCGGGCGGGGCGGGGGCGGGGCGGGGUGUCGGGCGGCGCCGGCCCAAAAGGCGGAGUCGCGGCGCGGAGGGCCCAGAGCUGUGAGCACUGUGCUGAGCGCGCCGCGGAGAAAGCCUGCGGGAACCCAGACCCGGAGGAGACCCUCGUCCCCGCCCGGCCUGGCCCGGCCCCGCGCUAUGGAGUUCCUCUGGGCCCCUCUCUUGGGUCUGUGCUGCAGUCUGGCCGCUGCUGACCGCCACACCGUCUUCUGGAACAGUUCAAACCCCAAGUUUCGGAAUGAGGACUACACAGUACACGUGCAGUUAAAUGACUACCUGGACAUCAUCUGUCCUCAUUAUGAGGAUGAGUCUGUGGCAGACGCUGCCAUGGAGCGGUACACACUGUACCUGGUGGAGCGCGAGCAGUACCAACUGUGCCAACCCCAAUCCAAGGACCAGGUCCGCUGGCAGUGCAACCAGCCCAGUGCCAGGCAUGGCCCAGAGAAGCUGUCUGAGAAGUUCCAGCGCUUCACACCCUUUACCCUGGGCAAGGAGUUCAAAGAGGGACACAGCUACUACUACAUCUGUGAGUGCCCGGGAGGCAUGCACACAGCCAAACCCAUCCACUACCAGGAAGACCAGUGCUUGAGGUUGAAGGUGAACGUCAAUGGCAAAAUCAGUGAGUGUCACAGCCUUGUGGGCCUCCUUGCUCCAUCUCUAUUCUGGGCCUGGUCUAGUGAUCUGGGAUGGUUGGGAAGUCCCACUGCCCAGCCCACCCAGCAUUCCCACCCCUCUGCCUCCUUGGUGUACCGAGCACCUGACCUAAGACCAUCCUUAUCCUUCAGCUCACAGUCCUCAGGCCCAUGCCAAUGCACAGGAGAAGAGGCUUCCAGCAGACGACCCAGAGGUGCAGGUUCUACAUAGCAUUGGUCACAGUGCCGCCCCCCGCCUCUUCCCACUCGCCUGGGCUGUGCUGCUCCUGCCAUUCCUGCUGCUGCAAACCCUAUGAAGGUGUAUGCUGCAUGCGCUGUAAGAACUGGAACCAGGCUGAGGGGGCAGGGCGGGCCUCCCUCACCUGCCUGGGGCCCCUCCCAAAGCCCUAGUCCUGGGAACCACUCCUACCACGUGCACAAGCUGCCACCCAGCAGCGUCAAAACGGGUCAGUAUUAAAGCUUUCAACCCAAAGGAGGUCAGCAAGCCUGACAGUGCCAUCCUCGCCUCCACCUCAGAGGGAUGGACAAAGAAGUGGACAGUCCUUUCCCCUUCAUUCCUGCCCUUAAGCCAAAGAAACGGGCUGUGCGGACAUGGCCUCUUAAGAAGGGCACUGUGGGAGCCGAGCUGAAGGGGGCUUGGGCUUACAUGGAUGGACACUGAGCUUGGCAAAGAUGUCCCUCCCAGAGAGAGCCAGGAUGGCUCUGAAGGAAAAGCAAGUUUCCUGCUUGGGAGCCAGGGACAGGAGAGGCAACAUGCUUGGGCUGACCCAGCAUCUCCCCCGAGACUGUUCUCUGUGGAGGUGCCACGGAGAGGACUGUAGCCAGGCACUACAUCCUCUCCCACCCUGGGGCAUCACUCCACAGAGCUGUGCCAGCAGGGGGGCUGUGCCAACCUGUUCUUAGAGUGUAGCUGUAAGGGCAGUGCCCAUGUGCACAGAGUCUGUGCCUAGACUGACUGUAGCCUGAAGGGCAGGGCCCACGAGUACAGAAUCUGUAUAUGAACUAGAUGUGUGUCUGCUGAUUUCUACAACUGGAGUUUUUUUAUACAAUGUUCUUUGUCUCAAAAUAAAGCAAUGUGUUUGUUUUUUUGGA